CAACAUAAGAGAUCGCCAAUGUCUUAACCCAUAAAAACUUGGAACCUCGGACCCCUUUUUUUUUCGUUCCGUACAUAUUCUUUGAUCAUCAUCGCUCCUCAACCUUAUUAUUAUUAUCAUCAUCAUUCAUUCAUUACUCAGCAUUUCAUCAUCUCACUCUCACCCAGCCGGCACUUUAGUUAUACUGCACCAACUAGAAAAAUACGUGUAAUAUUGUGUCGAUCACAACCAUCACCAAGAAAAAACAUGACUCGGUCAACAUUCACAACUAUCACACCCUUGCCCUCAGGCAUAUCCCGAGAGCAUGUAGUCGAGUUUCUCCACGAUCAUCUCGCCAUGAUCGACUUGAAUCCCCUCAUUAUAGAACGCCACCAAAUCCCUCCUCCGCCACACGCCCCGGAGGAUGAGAAGAAGUGUGUAUGGUACUCCAUGACGGACCGUAUCGACUAUCUCCCCGGCGGUCUUGUCUCCGGCCAGGUCUCUUACACCGCGGCCUUCUUUGACUCUCCUGAUGGUCUGCAGACGCACAGCUACGCUCCUAUGGGGCUUGAUCUCCGUGGGCGUUGGUCUGUAGGUGGCACGAUGCCAGGAGAGCGCCCGCAGCCUGUCGAGCUUGGUCUUGGGGCGCCUACUACGGGUCUUUAUCUCCGUGAGGAUGUUGAUAUGCGCUGUAACAUGCUCAUGGCAGGGUUUGUCAAGAAGACUAUUAAGAAGUCACACGGGACACUGGUUGAGAAGUUAUCUCACAAGACCUCCAUGAAGAUGGCAAGGCACUCUAUGCAAAACUUCGGGACCAGCUCCCCAGGAAGUCUUCAAACACCAACCCCUACAGGGUCUGAAUCCUCAGCAGUACCGCCUAUGGGGCCGCUUCUCCCACCUGCCGCGAGCAAUGACCAGCGCGGGUUUGCCCCGGACCUAUCUUCACCACCUGCCUAUGGCCACGGCACACCCUCUUCCUCUUCAAAUAUGGGCAACAUGCAUCCGCAGAGAAGCGGCGGAAUGGUCCCCCCUGGAGAACCUCAACGGUUAGAUUCGAAUCAGUCAGGGCUUGGUCAUGCAGGAACUGUCUAUCGUGGUAACAGUAGGACUGAUCAUUACACCGAGUUCUCAGGUCAGAACCCCUAUGAUAGCUCACGGACUCCAUACGAUGAGCGGGAGAACUUUGCAGAAUUAGACGAUGGCACCCAUAACCAUCCUCGCCACUACGAAGAAAAGUCAGGGCCCGCAGAGCUAGCUUGAGGCUUGCAUGCGGCAGCAUAACAUCACCGACCUAUGUUUCUUUUUGAUUUGGAGCAGGGGCGUUACUUCUAGCCUAGACUAUUAUGUCUAUCUUUUGAAUAUCAAGUCAUAUCAGGUACGAGCGGAGCACAUUGACAAUAUACAGAAUAUCGGACGCAGGUUUAAUGAGCAUAAUGAUAAAAUUACGUUGAGUACUAU